AUGUCUGCUCGGAUUCGUACACAUUCUGCGAAGUAUAGUCUGCCUCCAAACCCAGAAUGGGUGCAGAUACUUGCGUCGGACGGGGACAGCAGCACUUGGCCCGUAAACACCACAAGAGUGGUCGACACCGAGGGCCAUGUUAAUUUCAUGGACCCAGUGGACUACGACCAUCCGAUAUGCAAGAAGUGGCAGGUUGAAGUAGGGAGAGCAAUUGCACUUGCAAAGGAACUUCCAACUGGAAAGGAUUAUGUCCUCGAAAAAUGGCCGAAGAAUUAUGCAAUGUACGAUCACCACAAGGGAAAGGCAGACACCCCACGUCACGAUAUUUAUCUCUUUGGUGCCCCGGGGAAACGGUUUCGUUCCGUGCCAGAAUUCAUCCCCCACGCUGUCUGGCUCACGAAGUUGCAAGACGGCGACCGCAAUGCUCAGUGCCUCUGUAAAUACUGCACGAAACGCGCUCAGAAAGACAUAACUUACCAAAUGGCCGAUAUAAUGCCCCUGCGUAAAACGCCUACUCAGUCCCCCGGCCCGUCUCGUCGUCCCAUACGCGACAAGAAGCCCAAGAAACCUUCCAACCUGAGCGUCUUCACCUCCGUUACCCGAGCCCAUGUUGGGGCCAAAGUUUCAAAGAUUCCUGCCGUCCCAGACAGGAGUUCUGAUCUGCGGGCAAUCAAUUGUAAGACGAGCAUGAAGCUCAAGCGCUGGUUUAGGCCUGGUGAACUGCUCUGGUGUGCCCUUGACCCACCGAUACUCGGCCCGAACGGCACAGACAGCAUCACCUUCUGGCCGGGACUUGUGGAAGAUGUGAAGCUGAAGAGUACUGUUCUACAAAAGCCAACGCCCCCUCCUCGGGAUCCCACCCAGGCGCCACCAUCCUCCCAGGGUGGCGAGUCUACUGUGCAAGAAAGUGAAGACGACUCACCACCGUGGACGGUACAGCAAUCCACAGUUUAUGUGAUGAAACUCCUCGCCGUGAAUCGUGAAUACUUCCUUCGUGACGAUCAAGUACUCCCAUAUCAGGCCUACGCGCCAGCUGCUGUCGUAGACACGCUGCAAAACUUUCCUCGCGUCAAUCUAAAGAUAGAGCCCGAAGAUACAACGAAAUUCGAUCCAUGUCCGGCGAACCAAGUUGCUUCAUUUAAUGACGCGGCUUCGCCAUACGCCGUCGCGCUGCAGAUUGCCGCCAGACUGACUGCGUACUGGUCGCUAACAGAUGAUUACGAAUACACGUAUACCAUUCCUUCAGAACCCAACCGAAAUACCCCAGAUUCACUUGCCGCCGCCAUUGUCCGAGCCCAAAGUGCACCCAAUGCACCCCAGUCCCGACCAUACCCCAAUACAUCCGCACCAGAUCCACAAAUGUCGCAAUCUGAAUUUAAUUCGCUAAACACGCAAGUCAUGGGUGCCGCUCCGCCAUCGCAAACAGUAACACAAACAAGGUACCAGGGAGUUUGGUGGGGUGCUGAGCGCAUAUGGGUAGAUGAUUUCGUUAGGCUCAAAGUCGCUCGUCGUUGCAUCGCGCCACAAGGCGCCGAACACAUCUUUACCCCCGCGGGUCCAGGUACAUCCUUGCUGCAGAAGCUGGGAGGUGUGGGUAUUCGAGAUUCGUCAGAGGUGGAUGCGGGUUCGAGAGGUCUCUUUCUACGGUUGAACGGACUGUUGUUGGUAGAUAUACCACAACGGAACGGUAGUGGGCCGAAAAAGGAAUGCCGUGCGUGUGGGAUGUUGUAUGAGUUGGUCGACCAAGAUUGGGUGGACCCGUCCGCUGUCCAACCCAACGUCGCCGGGACAUCCACAUCCGCUGCUCCUACUUCGUCGCAGCCACUUCCGAGGCUGAGUGCUAUCGCCGGCCUUUCAUCUACCGGCUCUUUGUUCGCAAAUCGCCCGAAGCAUCCACUGCCACAAGAACUCUCGUCCCUUCUGCCCCCUCCCCCCGAUGGGUAUAGAUUCCGGCAGAUUCUCGAAGACGGUUAUGAAGCCAUCAUGUCGCUUACCAUGAUCGGUGGGCGAUACUACCCAUCCAUACUUCACCACCCGCUCCUCAGUGAAACUGUUGGCUUUGCCCUGUCAAAUGCGCUCGAAAAUAACGGUCUGCUUGAUUACUCCUACCUAUGGGCCCUCGAGGGACUCACGCCCGGAUUCAACAAUUCCGUCGACCCCGUGGAAAGCAAGAAGGGUCGAGAAGCGAUGCUCAAGGAGGCUGAUAAGGAAGCGCGAGAGGAGCUCGCUACUGUCAUAGCACAGGCCCACGGCAUGGACAUCGAAAACGAGUUGCAGCAAACUCAACAACACGAACCUACCAGCAUUUCUGCGCAUUUAGCGGCGUCGAACGAGAUGGACGUUGAUCCGUAG